AUGCCAUACAAUUCUGGCCCCCGGACCCUGCACCCGCGGUACCCAAUGAACCAGGAGUCUCUGACACUGUCUCAAGAGGCCCGCGAUCUGUCGCACGCCGAGGAGGUGAACCAACAGGUAGCUCAGAUGACCAUGGACAACGCAAGGCUUUAUCGCGCUCAAGCCAGGGCGGAAGCGAAGGACGUCGACUGGAGCCCCAGUCAGCAAAGCAGCUUUAGUAGGACGGACUCAAUGAGCAGCGACAUCAGCGCGGACGACGACGACUUCUUCGACAACGGAUCCCCAUUCUCGGACGAUCUCGCUGUGGUGUCCACGCCCGCGCGCUUGGGUUAUUCGAAGUAUGCGCAGAGCAGACGCAUAACGAGCCCCCCGGGGAGCACGAACGGUGACGCGACCGAAGCAGACGACCUCAGCGAGCACGAGGACGAUGACAGCAGCGAGACCGACACUGAGGCUACGCACAGUCUCGCCAGUCGUUUCCCCGAGGACAAGCUCGACGCGAGAAAGCUGCGCAAAAUCGUCGAGGAGAUCCUAGGGCGGCCGAAUAUCGAGAAUCCUCAUACGCAACUCGAGGAGAUCGGGGAGAAGCACAAGCUGGAUCGGGUGGACAGAUUGAAGCUGAAGCAGUUCGUUGAGGAUUACGGAGAGCAGGCGCUGGAGUGGGAUGACGAGGAGCUGGUUGAUGUCGCGCAGAGGGACUGGCCAUUGCUUCUGGAGAACAGGUAUUGA